AUCUUGUAGGCAAUAUUUGCUUAGUAGCCAUGGAAAAUGUGACGUCAUACAGGUUUUAUAGCACCACCUUACUUUGCAAUCAAAAUAAAGACCACGAGAACUGCACUUGGUGGUUUAGAUUCUGUUUUCAAUCCCAGGGCUUUAUCAAAACAGAAUGACUGGCCGGAACCGGGGAAAGGGAAAGAGAGGUGGAGGACCCUACCGCAAUGUCAAGACGAAUCACAACUGCGCCCGCAGCUUUGCCCAGCAGGAGAACGAACUGGCCAGCAGCAGUGAAAGCAACAGCUCGGAUUCUGACUCCUCGGGGGCGGGAGCCAAGGACGAUCUCGGCCAGCCGCCGGAGUUCUCGGUGGCCAUGUGGGACCUCAAUCACUGCGAUCCAAAGAAGUGCUCCGGCAGGAAACUGGCGCGCCUGGGACUGAUUUCCAAUCUCCGAUUGGGUCAGAAGUUUCCCGGCCUCGUCCUCUCGCCUGUUGGCUCGUUGUGUGUCAGUCCACUGGACCGGGAUGUGGUGGCCUCCUCGGGCGUGGCCGUUAUCGACUGCUCAUGGGCCAAGCUGGACGAGACACCCUUCGGCCGGAUGCGCAGCCCACAUCCGCGUCUGUUGCCCUUCCUGGUGGCCGCAAAUCCCAUUAACUAUGGCAAACCCUGCAAGCUCAGCUGCGUAGAGGCCAUUGCCGCCACUCUGCACAUCUGUGGAUUCACGGAGGAGGCCCGUUGGUUUCUGGGAAAGUUUUCCUGGGGUCACGCCUUCCUGGAGCUGAACGACAAGCUUCUCAACGCGUAUGCCGCCUGCAAGAGCAGCGAUGAGAUCGUCAAGGUGCAGAACGAGUACCUGGAGCAGGAGCAGAAGGAGCGGGAUAAGCCCAGGGACUUGCGUGACUUUUAUCCCACCAGCAGCAGCAGUAGUAGCGAGUCCGAAAACGAGGACGAUGAUGAAGAGGCGGAAGCGAAGCCGAAGAACUAAUUUUUACAAGGUGCUGACAAUUUAUUAGCAUUAUUACCAUUAGCUUAUUACAAAUCA